GGACCACAUCCGGGGCCUUGUGGCCGCGGCACGGUUGCCAUGGUAGCACAGCGGUUGGCGGACCUCCCACGCUGAAGGCCAAACUCGCAGCGCCGGGGAGGCCGCGCAACUCGGCCACUAUGAGCCAGAGCACAGUGGAUGCGGUCUCGGAAACGGGAGAUGAUAGUCUGUCUGCAAUUACCUUUGAUUCUGACAUUGAGACGAAAACAAAAAGAAAAGGUUCCUACAAACCUCCCUCCACUUCUCCAAAGUCACCGUACUACUCCAAGCCCAGAAAAGGGGCAUCCUGGCGAUCUCUGAAGACAGUGGGGAGCAUGCCUCUGAGUAGCCGAAUGUCUUUGACCCCACAGAAGCUGUGGCUAGGCGCCUCAAAACAGGGUCACAUCUCUGGGACUUCCAUCUACAGAGAGAAGGAGGACAUGUAUGAUGAGAUCAUCGGGCUGAAGAAGUCCUUACACAUGCAGAAAAGCGAUGUGGAUCUGAUGCGGACAAAGCUUCGGCGCUUGGAAGAGGAGAACAGCAGGAAGGAUCGGCAGAUAGAGCAGCUUUUGGAUCGAGGUCGAGGCCCAGACUUUGUGCGAACGCUGGCAGAGAAGAGGCCUGAUACUGGCUGGGUCAUCACCGGGCUCAAACAAAGGAUCUUCAGGCUGGAGCAGCAAUGCAGAGACAAGGACAACACUAUCAACAAACUGCAGACAGACAUGAAGACCACCAACCUGGAGGAGAUGCGCAUUGCCGUGGAGACAUACUAUGAAGAGAUCCAUCGUCUGCAGACCCUCUUGGCAAGUUCUGAAGCCAUGGGAAAGAAGCCCAUGAUGGAGAAGAAGAUGGGUGUAAAGAGGCAGAGGAAGAUGAGCAGUGCCCUGCUGAACUUGACCCGGAGUGUGCAGGAGCUGACAGAGGAGAACCAGAGCCUCAAGGAGGACCUGGAUCGCAUGCUGAGCAAUUCUCCCACAGUCUCCAAAAUGAAGGGUUACGUAGACUGGAGCAAGCCCCGGCUGCUGAGACGCAUUGCAGAGCUAGAAAAGAAAGUGAAUUCCUCAGAAAGCCCAAAACCGUCUACUUCAGAGCUGGUCAAGUCGAGUCCCCUGCCCCGCUCCUCAUCCAGCAGCUCAGUGCAAAAGCAGCCAAAAGGGGACCAGCCCAAAGGGGAUCCGCCGGAGGACCAAGAGCAUCUCCGAACCGUGAUGAGCCUGAAAGCGGAGCGGAGCGCACUGCAGUCACAGCUGCUGGAGAAGGACCUAGAGAUGAAGCAGCUGCUACAGGCCAAGAUCGGCUUGCAGAAGGAGCUGGAGAUGGCCAGGGAAAGCGAGGAGGAGAGACGGGAGCGGGAGCAGGCUUUGAGCCUAGAGAUAAAGCAGCUGCUACAGGCCAAGAUCGGCUUGCAGAAGGAGCUGGAGCUGGCCAGGGAAAGGGACGAGGAGAGACAGGCUUUGAGAGAGAAAAUUGAAGCACUCACCAACAAGUGUCAAGAGCUGGAAGAAGCUAAGAGACAAGAGAGAGACUCUUUGGAGGCAGUGACUCCUGAGGCCCACCCAGAGCUCCACGCAUCCUCACCCUGCAGCAGGCACUCCGAGCCAGACUCCAACAAUGAGCCCGACUCCCACAACAGUGCCAAUGAGAGGGACGGCUCUCAGACCCCCACCCCGUGCUCCGAAGAGAGGAGAGAGGCUGCCAUCAGGACCCUGCAGGCCCAGUGGAAAGCCCACAGGCACAAGAAAAGGAAAGCAGCUCUGGAUGAGGCAGCAACUGUGCUCCAGGCAGCCUUCAGGGGACACCUAGCUCGCUCAAAGCUGGUACAUAGCAAAGCCCCAGACUCCAGAUCUCCAAGCCUGCCGGGCCUUCCCAGCAGUCCCCACCAGCUGCAGAGCUCUCCCACACCCCGUGUCCCAAGCCCCGUCUCCCUGCCUGAAGACAGCCCAGCACUAGAGGAGGCCAUCGCUGUCAUCCAGUCCGUCCUCCGGGGAUACCUGGCUCAGGCCAGGUUCAUUGCCAGCAGCUGCAGAGGGAUCACCGACUCAGCUCAGAAGGAAGCUGUUUUAGCCAGGCCCUGGACGCCCACCUCCCCACCCUGCCUUGCAGCUUCUCGCGGCGUGGACAGCCAGGAGAGCAGUGGGGAGACUGCCAAGGAUGAAGAUGAGGCAGAGGAGCCGGCAGCCUUGCAGCCCUGCUCAGGAGCAACAACAGUGGGGCUCCCUGCCAAGGAGGAGCUGAGGGAGCCCUCUGAAGUUGAACCUGCCCCCUCCUCACUACCACCCUCAGUCCCCCAAGAGACCUCCUCGGCCUCUGCCCAAGGUGGCCAUUGGGACUGCCCAUCCCCAUCCAGUCUGGAGGCGGUGUCUCUGUCCAGUGUGAAGGAUGUGACGUGUUCAGGUGUGUGCGAGGAAAGGAGCAGCAGCACCGGAAGUGCAAGACUGUCCCUAGAGCCCUCUCCCCAAGGACUGGAGCCCGAGUCACCACCACCUGAAGAGGACAACUGCUCCGAUGACUCCGAUGACUCUGAUGACUCUGAUGACAUUAUCUUUUCGCCAUUUCUGCCCAGGAAGAAAAGCCCCUCCCCAUUCUAGGUCCCUAGUCAUUGCCUCCAGGUGAGGUGGCUGUAGGCCAAGUUAGAGGACUCGCUGACUGACUUUGAGACAAUGACCUAUCUUGCUAGGGAAAGAGUCCUGCCUAGGGAACACCUCAGCCAUCAGUUUUCUUAACGUGUUGUGCCUGUGCCUUUGAGGGAUCCUGGUGGCUCUAUGCCACUCUCUGGGGAGGGUGGGUGACCACCUCCCUCUUCCAUCUCUGGCUGCAGCCUGUAUGCUUCCA